GCUAGUACACAAGCCUCGACAGCGAUGGGAUGAGGGAGACUUUUUGUACGAGAGCUCGUCCAGCGAUGACGAGGAUUUCUUCGGGACUGGCAGACCUGCACAGGAUGGCGACAGCGAUUUCGACGACCGUCACCCGAACGUGGGCGACGACGAUGGCGCCAGUGGCGAUGAUCACGGURACGGAGGAGAUAGGCCAYSACCUGCACAUGGUGACACGAUGYGCGCCRAYGGGGCAGGGGGCGAGCACCGCACAGCAGUAGAUGACGCUCGAGAUGGAGUGCAUGAUGAUGGUUCACGACCUGUCUCGGGCGGUGACCUGAGGCGCUUGAAACGCGGACCAAGGGAAAAAGACACUAUCGCUUCACGUGUGCGCAAACGUCAUGGUGUGGUUGCUAGCAUUCCACUAUCACGAGUCCCCGCAACUGGGCAGAUUCCAGUUUCUGAGGACUCUUUCAGCGAUCACGGCGGCGAGGAGCGGAUCGAGCUGCAUGGCGGGAGCGGUCAUCCACGAGGUGACACUUCGAGUAUGCACGCGACAGCUCCGAUGGGGCCUUCCGCAGCAGUCCCAGAAUCGCAACAGGGUCCAGCACCAUUGAUGCGCCAUCCCGAGGUUCAGGGAGAGAUCAGUCCUCUCCCGGCAGUGCGGGACGAGGGUUCUGUCCGUGCACUGCAUCCACUCACGUCUGUCGGAGCGGCAGUCUCAGUUGCAGCGACCUCGGAUGUGGGACAACCACUGGCAGCGGCAGAGCAAGAAAGUAUGCUCCCACCUCGCAGUGUUCAACCGCGGCCACCACCUGCAUUGAUGGAGGGGAGUMAGGGGACCGUUGUUGUGUGUCAAGGCGACGAUCUCCCGGAACGUGAUAUCUCACAUACUCCCGCAGCCGAGCAGAGCGCCGCAGACCCUGUCGGCCUCGCAUGCCCCACCGGCAGUCUUCCGGGUACCGGCGAGUUACUGACCAUGGACUCUGCGCUCGUUUCUCUACCGGACUUGUCAACGUUGAUAUCCCCAGGUCUACCCCAUGUGUCACCGCCCAAGCCACAACAGCCUGUUGUCAUGGAGCGUGGAUCGGACGGGUUUGAUAUGGCAGGAGGCGAUAUCGCCGAUAUGAUUACGAGCCCAAUGGUGUCUGCCACGCCCACAAUUUUUCGUGUUGGCAAACUACGCGAGGUGGCCCUUGGUUUGGAGGAGACGGCAACGCGACACCGCCGCGACGGUCAGCGCAGCAUCGCACAACGCAGUCUUUCUCAUUCGUUUGACGGCGCAGAGGAAGGGUCUCCUGGUGGGCCAGUUGACACACUCGAAAGAGAAGCAAGACCCCCAAGUCCGCCGUCAAACUCAGAGCAUCAUCCGAUUGCCGCGGCUGUCGGCGCAGAUGCGGGCGUCCCCGUUACAAACAGUGGCGUGGACGCGACAGAACAGCUUGUGGUUGGAUCAUCGGCAACAGCACGGCGCGACAGAGCCACUGUUUUGCCGACAGUGGCAUUCUAUGCCAGCGGGAAGAGUACUGGGGGGAUGGAUGAGCAGGGAGUCCGGAAUGUUGGCAGGCCAUCUGCACCGUCUAUAGGGAAACGAUCCAUUGGGAGUGUGGAUGGUGCUCGGCACACCGCCAUGACAGAGUUCGAGGACCGACACGGGAGUUCUUUGCCGACAAAGACGUCUGAUGUCCAUGCUACGAGAGCCGCAACGGCGAGUCUUUCUCGGGCAAGGAAGAAGGCCUCGGCAAGGAAGGCGUCACRUUCAUCCUCACAUAUGCGAAAAGUUGCGGCUCCAUCCUCCGCCCCUUAUAAGCGUGCGUACGGUAGGUCUAAGCUCUACAACGAUAAACCCUGGUUUCUUGAUUGGGUUGGUGGUCUUCAUACAUCGGGUUGUGGAGCCGUUGUGUUCUUGAACGAUGACAACGGCGGGAGUUGGUACUGUUGCGGAGGGGUUGAGAAAUCUGAAACGGGGAGGGCUAACUACGAUGGGAGGAAAUUUAGGACCUUCUUCCUUACGUCUGUCCAUGACAGCGCGCGGAAAAACUGGGUUAAGGAAGACAAGAAGGUAUCUCUUGACCUUCGGCUCUUCCAAGGCUACGACGUCAAGGCUUUCUCGAUGAAAGCGUUUGACGUAUGUGGCAACGGCACAGGGUUCCGAAUGCUGCCUCCGGAACACUUCCUCUCCAAAACCAAUGGCUACUGCGUCACUGGUUCCCUACCCAUCGUCGACACUGCUUUCAACCUCAGCAAGCCUUUAGUCCAGUUCAACAGGCCGACAGACCAGCUGGCACGAGUUAUUAUGCGAUACAGGGAACAAUUUGCGAAGCUGUCUGUUGCCCAACAAGUCGACUUUGCUUUUGUGCCCAUUGAGGCGGGUCCCAAACGGCGUCAAGAUCCGCCGACCACAAUGGGUGCGAAGAGGAAGCAAUUGGCGACUGACCCGCCUCCAACGGCUGCGUUCGUCCAGGGUUUUGCGGCUCCGGUCUCGCCCUCGCAGCGACAACCUAUGGACUUGGCCGAGUGCUCCAGUGAGGCUGCAGAAUACGACGACGACGUUAUGCUCCGCCAGGCUAGUCCCCAACAUCGUCUCCAAGGAGGUGCAAGUGUCGUCGACGAAGAGGGAGAGGAGGGGAGCUAACCGAAGUCGGUGGUGAGGAGGACGACGAGGGCAAUGAAGGAGAUGUGGAUGG